GUGGCCAACAUACAUGAAAAUGCCGAAGGGUAAAAAAAAAGGCAAAGGGAAGGGGAAAAAGAAAGGCAAGAAGGGUAGUGCUGGCAAGAAAUCAACGCCAGAGACUGUCCCAAUCGAUCCCAUCAAGCCUCAGUUCGUUGCACCCCUUCUAAGACCAGGAGAAACACUCUUGAAGGUGCUGACAACUCAUCAGGUUCAAGAAAAGGAGAUCCACAACUUCAAAGUGAGCGUGAAAGUACUGGAAGAAUUAACUCCACAGGAAAUCAGAGAGCUUCGCACCGUGUUUGAAACAUUUGAUGGGAACAUGGAUGGGUUUUUGAACCCGAUCGAAUUAAGAAAUGCCAUGAAGGUUCUUGGUUUCAAGGUUACAAGGGACGAAGUGAAGGACAUGUCUUCAGAGUGCACGAAACGAGGAAUGUGCGACUUCAGUGAGUAUCUCGGCUUCGUCAUAGAAAGACAGGGAGACACUCGAGACAUCCAGGAGGAGAUACUGAAGGGUUUUAAACUCUUGGACUUUGACAACUCGAGCAAGAUUACUCUUGAAAAUUUAAAGCAGGCGACGCACGAAACUGGAGUCGCAUUCACAGAGGAGGAUUUGAAGGACAUGAUAAUGGAAGCUGACACAAACGGAGAUGGCGUUGUUGACAAAGAUGAGUUCAUCCGGAUCAUGCUGCAAACGAAUCUGUUUUAGCUGUCAUCAGAGACUAUUCAGUGAACUGUGAGGUAUUUCAUAUUAAAGGGGGACUAUAGGCAGGAGUAGGGGGGCUAAUUUGGCCAUCUUCAGGUGACAAAUAUACACAGUGAUGGUACUGGGUCAUGUCAGAUUCAGAACUAAAUAUAUUCCUCUUACAAGCACAAAUCAUUCGACGUACUGUGAGAUGUGAGAGACCCCUAUUGACGACUUGAUGUCAAUUUAUCUUGCCUACCUAGCUACUGCCUAUAUUGUCCCUUUAAGUCUUUUAUUUUCAGCGUCCAAGUAUUUUCUGGAUCACGAUGCAAAUAGAAUGUUAAGAUUAUUGAUCUAAUCACCCUGAAGAAUCAGCUCCCCAGCUGAAUGAGAAUCAUAUCCUAAUCUUGUGUAUUCAGUGCAGACAUUCAACUUACCAAGCAGCCUGCCCUGGAAAGUGUAAUGCUGUAAAAAGUGAAACUGUUGUACAUGAAAAGUAUCAAAAACAUUGUCAUAUCAUGUGCAAGUCAGACUCAGCAUUGCAAUACAUGUCUGUGGUACACAAUCCGAUAAUGACUGCUUCAUUAACCAGGCUUGGCACUGUACUUAGUUAGUGUAGUCAGUUUGUAACAGGUGCCGAGUACUGGUUUUGCCAAGAUUCGAAUAAGCUCUGAAUUGGACUUUGGAAGUGAUGACAUUCAGUGUUUUCAAAAGCUGACUUUCACUCGUCUUGCUAUGGCAUUGUUUGUCAAAGCUAAGUCAUUAUGACAUUGUAUGAAUAGAAUUUCACAUUAAAAUUUCACAAUAAAUGGCAAGAUUGAACAUGUGUGGCUGAUACCUUGUCACAGGUUUUUUAUGUGAAAAGAUCACAAUGCCAAUGGCCUUGUUGGUAACUCAUUUCUAAAAAAUUAGGAUCCGUCCAUUUUAAUUUGAAGUCUUACUAUUUAGUUGUGAUCAUGACGAGAACGAGAUGAUAUGUUUUGUGUUUUUCACAUGUGUUGUGAUCAUGAGAACGAGAUGAUGUGUUUUGUGUUUUUCACAUGUGUACGUAUAUUUUUAAUAAAAGUUUAUAAAAAGAAAA